AUGUCGAGCGACAGAUUUGACCAGAUUUGGCGGUACCUCCACCUGAGCGACAACACAGCUCCACCGUCCAAUCCACCAGACAAGCUUAGGAAAUUUGGCGCAGUCUACGAGCUGAGUGGAAUUGCCAGUGUUGAUGAGUCCAUGGUCAAGUUCAAGGGAUGUCUUGGAUUCCGCCAGUACAUGCCGGCAAAACCCACGAAAUGGGGCAUCAAGGUGUGGGCUACCUCCACAGAUUCAGCGUCUACACGGAAAGGAGAUGGAGUGGGGACACAGGAGGACAGACGGAAGUGGCUGGCGUACAACAUCAUCAUGGACCUCGUAAGGCCUUAUUUUGCCACCACAGAUUUACAAGUCUUCAUGGACAAUUUCUAUUCAAGUUGUUCCCUCAUGGAGGACCUGGUGGGCAAGGAAAUACAGGCAGCCGGCACCAUCCGAGCGAACAGGAAAGGCCUGCCCACUGAAAUGCUGUCCAGAGCCCUCCAGUUGCAGAAGCAUCAGUACAGAGUGGGGCAAUUAAGCGACCUGACCUUCUGCAACUGGAUGGACACCAAGAAUGUUCUUGUUCUCUCCAACUUCCAUUCGCCGAUGGACACCGGUACUGUAAUGCGACGAAGUGGAAAUCCGAACCAGAGGGCCGUCACUGUACCGAGAUGCCCUUCUGACUACCAGCGGCACAUGAAAGGCGUUGAUCAAAUGGAUCAAAUAGUUGGAUACUACAUCAUCAACCACAUGCUGCUCACAGCAGACCAGAUCAAGAAGUUGUGUAACUACUACACUAGGGCCAUCCGGCCUAAUGCAACAGCUGAGGACAUGAGGACGGCCAUUCUUGCCUUAUGA